AGGGAGGGAGGUAGAUAUUUGUAUAGUGCGGACUAGAGUCGGUUUAGCACCGUUGUGAAUUAAAUUAGCUUGUGUGUCUUGUUGUUACUAUUUGGUAAUAUUGAAAAAUGUGUAUCUACUUACAAUCUGGCAUAUACUGACGAAGGAGAAAAUGGACCUUUUCAGAACUUGUAUAGUCUGUUUUCACACACGAAGCCCGUGCACUUACACAAAGAAGAGAAGAAUACAUUGAUUUGUUUCGAUGAAUGUCGAACUGGUAUUGUCAGAGACAGUGUUUGGUAUCAAUAUGGUUUUGGUAAACCACAAGGACCUGUUUCAAAUACAAAACUUACCGGAGAAAUGGUGAGAAAGUUUUCUGUUUUCAUUAAGAAAAAGCUACUUGACAAUGCAGUAAGAACUACGAUGUACAAAAGUGUGUUGGUUAGUAGAAAAAUUAAUAGAAAAAUAUUAAAUGAACAUUUUGUUAUAGAGUCAGUAAAAAAUGCAGUUAGGAGUAACUUUCCGGAAAUGAGUGACAAAAAAUUUUACAGUGUAGAUCUGACGGUCAAUCGUACUGGUGAUAUAGUGUCCUUGUUGGCUGAAUCAAAAUUGCUUGUUGGAAUGCACGGAUCUGCAAUGAUAUUGAGCAUGUUCAUGGAACCUGGUUCUGUAGUCAUUGAAAUGUUUCCCUAUGCAAUAAAUGCAAGUCACGUUUCAGCCGUUCGGAGUCUCUGCAACCUGAAAAGUUUAGGACUUGUAUACAGGUCGUGGACUAACAUGGAAGAGAGUAAUUCUGUUCCCCACCCUGAGUCUCCCCCUCUUCUCGGAGGAAUUGUACAUCUCUCGCCCGAUGAGCAGCAGCAUGUCAGGUCCGUAUACCCGGUGCCGGCCGUGUACUGCUGUCACGAUCCCGCAUACUUGUACCGAAUGUUCCAGGAUACGAUUGUCGGGGAUGGUUUUGUCGAGGUGCUGGGCAGUGCAUUCCAAGAACUAAAAAACCUGUCAGAAAGAAGAAGUAGUGUAGAAUUUGAAAAGCGCUGGAGGAAGUGGUACUUCCCAGCAGAGGUUACAGGCAUUGGCUGUGACAUUGGUGCAGACAAGAGGACGGUGCGGUUCACUUGGAUGCCACCGGUGAACGUCGGUGCCUGGGAUGUCUUGACGUACAAGCUGGCGGUCGUUGGAGCAGGCAUGGCGCUGCUGACACUCGUGUCAUCACAGCCCUGGCUCUCAGUCAACUUGCCACCUGAUGUUGCUGGAGAUAUUCACCUCAACAUCUGGGUGAAGAGUGAGGUGAAUAGUUCAGAGAGUGCAGAUGUUCAUUCACUCUGCCAUGUUCGUGUUUAGUUUGCUAAUUUUCAGAACUCUUUUACCAAAAUCAUUGUUGUUUGAGUUGGAGUUCCAGGACCAGUUCUAUGCAACUCUCUGAACCUCUGUGUCUGGUACUCAUAAAACUAGAAGCACAUUCUAACAACAUUAUUAAAUACUUUCUUAUUUGUGUAGGUACUUCUUCAGUUUUUAUUCUUUACUCUUCCUUCAGUUUCUAAGUUGGAUGUCUUGAAAUUUGUUCAGUGAAUUGAACAAUUUUUUUUUCUUCCAGCGAUUAUAAACUUGCAUGCAUGUUAUGAAUAGAAAGGUAGAGUUUUGGAUAGUGGCUGUAUGAUGAUCAGUUUGUUUGAUUUUAAUGUCUUUUUUGGGUAUCCUUAAGAAAUAUUUUAUUUAUAAAUUUUUGUAAGCGUGUCGUAAGGCUCUUUUAAUAAGUUUUUCUAUUUAUGUAGUAUGUAAGUACAAGUAGCAUCGAGUCAAUUAUGAUUCUAGAAUCUGCAGAUCUCACUGAUUCCAAUGAUAUCUAAGGAUCCAGAAUCCAAUGGUUUUUGCAUCAAAGAUGUUCAGUUUUACCCCUAAAGUGAAAAUUUGAGAUUUGGAGUGCUGUGUAAUUAAAAUAGGAGAUUUAAAGUUACCUAAUUUGCCAAUACCUUAUGUAUUUAAUUCAAUUCAAUCUAAUAUUUACAAAAUUUGAUGGAAGAAUGUGGUGGUGUUACAUUUCAUAAAAGUAGGAUGUUUUUGUUAUGAAUUGUUGUGCAUUGAAUAUAACCUAAUUUUAAAGUCAAUAUUUUUGUGUAAGUACUGGUCAAGGUGGCCUCUGCUGGCAAAAUGAAAAUUAUAUUUUUUCCAAAGGUUUUUCAGUUGUCUCACUGAACAUUCAGAAAUAUUAUUAGUACAUGAAGUACAGUAUUAUGGUACUGGCUUCAGUAAGUCAACGAAGAGAGUUAUUACAGUUAUAGCUGUAGAAACGUUUACGAGUCCAGUCUCCACCGUCCCUAUAGCUGUACUACUUCAAACAGAACCUUGCAUGGUCAUUUUACAGUGUGUGACUAUGCACCAGAACACACCAGUGAUGUGUAACAUAUAACCUCGGUAACAAGCCUUCAAGGUUUAUAACUCAUGAGAGAGCGAUGUAAACGAGUUGUGUAUGUAUUUAUUCAUAAGAAUAAACAAUAUAAUCAAA